AUGACGCGCGCGAGGCUUGCGCCGUGCCGAAGCGCUCUGGUCUGGGAGCGGCGGGCGCGCCGCUGGGACGAGCUGUGGUACCAGGUGUACGAGGUGCGGCCUCCGCAAGUCUUCUACGACAUUACCGUCAGCUUAGCGAAGCCAGAUGAUCCAACAUCUUCAUGGAGGAACGUCAGCUACAGCGACGCCAGGCUCACUCUGAGCCACCAGGACCCGCUGGCCCAGGCGGAGGGCGGCGACCUCGUCGUGCAGCUGGUGGGCGACCUCGCCACGGCUUCGGCGCCUCACAGCCUCGAGUCGCGCUACCUGGUGGUGCCGACGGAGCCCGCGAGCCACGAGCGCGUGGACGCGGACAACCCUCUCACCCACGCCAUGCUGGUGGACAAGGCAAAGUUCGACCUCUCGGGCCUCACCUGCGACAAGAUCGGGGUGUCAUAUUCCGCUUUCAAGUGGCAGGCCAACGCGUGCUACGGGCGGCUCGGGUCCUGCCUGGGCUCCCAGCUGGACGACGUCUACCAGGACGACCAGGAGAGGAUCGCAGCGGGCUCCCCGCCCACGAGCCUCGUCAGCAGCUUCUGCGAGGGCGCCAUCGAGGUGGGGGCCCAGCAGGCCGCCGCCGGCACCACGCUCUUCCUGGGCUGCCCGCUGCAGCAGCGGCACACCACGCUGCUGCGGCUGGAGGUGCGGGCCGAGGACGUUAUGUUCGUCACCAACGUGGCGCCCGGGACCAUCGUGCGGGCCAACGCCUCCCGCUUCGAGGCGCUGUCCGGCGGGGGUGAGGUGCACCUGGUGAUCCUGAGCACGGGCAGCGUCGUGGCGGACUUCACCGUCGGCGUCGCCGACUGCUCGCCGGGGCUCGCCGCAGGCCCCGCGGUGACCGCCUCGCUGGGCCCGUGGGAGUCCAGCGAGCACCGGAUCGCCCUGUUCUUCUCGCAGACCGUCGGGGGCCACUUCACCUGCGUCGCCACGCUCAAGAAUGCCGUUGGUGGCGUCGAAGACCACGUGGUCAUCCAGGUCAACAUCACCGACCAGGAGAUCGACUACGGGGCCCAGGUCCCCACCGACCGCGACGGCCAGGCAUCCUCCGACGACAGGCUGUACGCGAGCUGCCAGGACCUCUGCCCCUCGGUGCUCGACCUGAUGUGCGCCGUGGUCCACGGCUGCUGGGGCCGUCUCGGCGCCACGCUCGCCUCGCUGGCGCUGCUCCUUGGAGCCCUGUACUGCUGCUGGCUGGGCGUGAGGCGCGGGGCCUUCUGCAGGAUGGCCGAGUGCUGCUGCGGCGAGUCCUCAGCGCAGCGCGGCAGGAGCGCCACGGUGGACGCCCGGCAACUUGCCGUCUUCUCGGUGGCGCCGGUGGCGCCGAGAGGCGGCGCGGCCGUGAAGGUGGCAGCGCGGUGCUCGCCGCCCCGGGCUGGCAGGGAGUAG